AUCUGACUUCGGGGUAUGGGACGGGGAGAAUCAGUUUAUCGUGACCUCGAGAGAAGAGCACGACAGAAACUAGAGCGAUUUACAGGCUAAACAAUUAACGUCUAAGAAGCGUCCAAGAAAAAAAGGGAAGGGUUAGAAGAGCGCCUAGCGUUUGACUACUGUUGUCCGGGACCUCGUUUCCGAUGGGAUAGCAGCUGGAUACAGAUACAACAUAGCGUAAACUCGGUGUGCAGGACCACAGCAAGGGACAGCUCCUUUUCUUUUCGGAUAGUGUCAAGUGAACGUUUAAGAGUUCAUCCUGGAGCUGACCUCGUCGAGUUCAUUUUAACCACCUACCAAUUUCAUUAUGUAUCAGGGGCAUUCACAGGGGAAAGGGGAAAGGGCUGUUGCCAUGGUGCUGAAGGAGCUUCCGGGUAAAAAGGCAUCCUCUGAAGGAAACCCCCUCUUCAGCGUGACAACCAAGCUGGUCGGUGAGCAGCAAGAGAGCCGCCCACUGCUGAGUCCCUCCAUUGAUGAUUUCCUGUCAGAAAGCCGCAUCGACGGCCCUGUGGCCCGGCUGGUCACCUCCAACACAGCAGUUCUGUCCACAGCCUUGGAUCUGGUGGACCUGAGUGAGCCUGGGGAGACUUCCAGUGGCUUCAACAGCAGGAAGGGCAGCAGCAGGGCCCGUCGGAGCCCCACGGUCCCCAAGAGGGGCAGCGCCAAGAGCAGCCCGCGUAGAAGGAGGCCCGAGGACACGGAGCUCAUCCAGGUGGAGGUGGACCGCUCGUCCCCAAGCCCUCGCACACCAGAGAGAGUGUCACUAGAUUCAGUCAGUCUCUCCAGCUCCCCAUUGGACAAAUGGGAGGAAGUGAACCUCCAACCGGAAGGCUCCCUGAACAGUCGCAGGAAGAAAAGAUUCGAGAAGAGGUGCGCAUCACAACACUCCUCCAGCGAACUUUUGUGGUCUGCAGAUUUUAAAACAGAUCCAUCCACCAAGAACUCCUUCGAGGUCAACAGCAUAGAUGAUAUUGAUUUUGUAUCAGCAGCACAGGACUGCUGCGUGGGCAAAGAGAGGCGUCUAGGCCGUGCCCUCCUGGCCAGAAAUCAGUCUAUGGAGGAUGAGUUUGUGAAGGCAAAGGCUGCCGUAGAGUCUGACACAGAAUUUUGGGACAAGAUGCAGGCAGAGUGGGAGGAGUUAGCUCGGAGGAACUGGCUGGAGGAGAUGGACCCCAAAGGCCCAACACCCCCCACAGUCUCUCCAAUAGAGAAGGGUUACUACACCAAUAACCCGUAUCGAGAGUGUCCCAAUGCUUUUGAAGAGGGCCAGCAGAAGGCCAGAGAGGGCGACCUGAACAAUGCUGUCCUUCUGCUUGAGGCGGCCAUCUUACAAGAUCCUCAGGAUUCAGUGUCCUGGCAGGUUCUUGGCACUACACAGGCUGAGAAUGAAAAUGAACAAGCAGCUAUUGUGUCACUUCAGAGGUGUCUGGAGCUCAACCCCAACAACCUGCCAGCGCUCAUGGCCCUGGCCGUGAGUCUGACCAACACAGGCCAGCAGAAGGAGGCCAGUGAGGCUCUGCACCGCUGGAUCUGCCACAACCCCCGCUACAAGCACCUUCUCCUGGGGAGCAGGAGCCCGCUGCAGGGGUCUCCCGCCACACCGAGCAGGGGUCCCCACACCCCCACUCUGGGCAGCUGCCAGCUGGCAGAGGUGAAAGGAUUGUUCCAGGACGCGGCUCUGCUGAACACAGAUGGAGUGGACCCGGACCUCCAGACAGGCCUUGGGGUCCUUUUUAACCUCAGCUCAGAGUUUGACAAGGCUGUGGAAGCAUUUAACGCUGCACUAUCUGUCAGACCAGAGGACUACUUGCUGUGGAACCGUCUGGGGGCCACACUGGCCAACGGGGACCGAAGUGAGGAGGCAGUGGAGGCCUACACCCGGGCGCUGGAGCUCCAGCCAGGGUUCAUCAGAUCCCGCUACAACCUGGGGAUCAGCUGCAUCAACCUUGGGGCCCACAGAGAAGCAGCCAGUAACUUCUUGACGGCACUGAACCAGCAGAGACAGAGUCACCGCCAGACUCACCAGGUCAUGUCAGCCAAUAUCUGGGCCGCCCUGCGAAUCGCCAUCUCCAUGAUGGACCGGCCAGAGCUCUACCAGGCUGCCAACAUCGGAGACCUGGACCUUUUAAUGAGGGCAUUCGACAUGGGGAAUAUUUGACAAGGUAUUCUGGAGCCCAUAGGGAAACAAUGUGCCAGUAGUUAAGGGGUUGCCAGUUUGGCCAGUGGUCGGGUUGCCAAACAUGGCUGCAAAUAUGAUGUCCUUUAACAUGAUGUCAAGAGAGGAAGUAUUUUAGGAAGUGGAUGGUGAAUGGUUUGUUAUAGAAAAUAAUAAAACAGAUGGGCUGAAUACUGGAGGUGAAUGACACCCAUGCUUUGGAUGCUAUCAUGGUGGAAAAUGAAAUAACCGCAACAAUAUUUAGGAAAUAUAGACAACGUUACUAAAUCUUUACAGUGACUGCAACCAACUCGCCGUAUAAUACCAAACAGCCAUAGACUAAAAGCCGACUACAUAACACACAAAUCUCUUUUUUUCUUGCACUCUAUGGGACUUCCUGUGUAAAGAGACAACCUUUCAGUGAAGUGGAGUUUAUAGUUUGGUCCUUUUGAAAUGGGUUUUCACAACUGCAAUGGGGAAUUCCCAAGAAGCACAUAACAUUGACAAAAAAAAUUGAGGAAUUAAAAGCCAUGCAUGCCCAGCAAUCACACUUUGUAAUAAAGCCUUAUACUAAAUGAAACUGCAUCAACUGCACAAGUCAUAAUCACUUACAUAAAACAAUAUAUUUGAUGUUAGAGGCUACUGUGAUUGUCACUAUUCUGUUGCGUCUGUACUUGCUAUGCUAUGUGUAGUGUCCCUCUUUCCCUGAAUAUUCCUAUAGUAUGAAGCUACUUCCUUGCCUGAGGUAAAUAGGAGCCUGGAUCAGGGAAAGAGGAAUGCACUGUCACAUCUGCCUCUGCAUACACCACACACACACACACACACACACACACACACACACACACACACACACACACACACACACACACACACACACACACACACACACACACACACACACACUCACACCCACACACACACCAUGCUUUCUUCCGGGCAGGAAUCAGUCACUGUGAUUGCCUAGUGUCUCUGUGUUCAGUAAUCUCCUAGGAGAUCAAUCUCCCCUCUCUGUCCAGGUGGGUGCUGAGAGUCUCUCCCCCAGUCACAGAUGAUUUAUCUCCCAUGUCUGCAGGUGCACAGCCUGCCACUCGUACAACACUACUAUAACCCCCCCUCCCCUCCAGCCUAACCAAUUUGAGGUUUGGUGUGUAUAUGAGUGCCUGCGUGCAUGUGUAAGGUGCUUAAAUGUAACUGUGAUUGCCGCCAUUAAUUAGUUUCCCUCAGCCCAAAGGUAAUUACUACAUCAGGAAGUACCCACACAAGGGACACAUAAUUCCUGAUAAAAAAAAUUAAGAAGCACCACACACACGGACAAAAAACCACACACACACACCCUCUCGUCCAUCUGUUUCACUAACAUUGCCACAUUAAAUGCCUCUCGCCUUCGCCAGUCCCUUCCUGCUUCUUUGUUGUUGUAGCAAUGCCUGAACUGGCUAAGUGUUACUGUACUUGAGUCAGGCUCUGAUUACUGUAAGAUAAGAUCCCACCACAAUCAGCCUGACCAAAUGUAUACCUACUUAAACAUUGUUUCAAAAGUUAGAAUUGUCAUUAAUACUGGACACUGUAUUCAAAGUUUAGAAAAAAGAGGCAGGUAGUGGAUUUGACUGUCACAUCCUUGUAAAACGAUGCAGAAGAAGAAUCUAAUUCUAAUUGCCGCACCACACACAUAUCACAUCUGUCUUUCCGAGAUUUCCAAGCACCAGUUGUUAAAUUCACAAACAAAAAGUCAAAGUUGUGUUUACUCAGCACACAGCAUUGGUUUUGACUUUUUAGAACAGAUUAGUAGAACAUUAUGGGGAUAAUUUGAUGACUUAAUUCAUUAUGAAUUGCCAUGGAAUGUUUAUUGACUAUCUAUCACUGAUAAAUAAUUCACCCUAUCCAAAGAUUCAAUCUUCGACAUGUCACAUGAUGGGUUUUAGGCUAGUCUGUGUCACCACAAUGAUCUCCUCUGCUAUUAGAAGAUUGUGGAUUUUGGAACUAUAGCGACUCAGGUGAAUCAUUUAGGUUCAGAAUGCAUGAGAUUGGCUUAUAGAAUGUACUAUGAAAAUGUAUGUAAAUUCUCUAUGUAUGUAAAAAACCUCUGUUAAUGCACUGUGAACUGCACAGUUCAUAUGAAACUGUUGGACACAAACAGUAUGAUGUAAUUAUGACCUAUUAUAAUGUAGAAACAUAUUUCUAUAGCAUGGCCAGUUGCACCAUCAAGAUCCAUCUGAACCUUACAGCGCAAACACUGUAUUAGCUACACACUGACUGCAACCAUGUAUUUUUGCAAAAAUGGCAACCAGGUAUUGCUGUACUGAUAUGCAACAUUUUGUGUGUAAACAAACACUGUUCGAUUAUUAUUUGUAAGCAUGUUUUGUAGUUGUCUCUAAGCCCUGACCAAUAUCCAUGCCUCUGUACAGCCUACUGUAUUUCUGUAAAGAUUAAUGAAUACAGGUUUAUAGUCAAUAUUUAAAUUGAAUUAUUACAGGUUUAUAAUCAAUAUUUGAAU